AUGAGAACUUAUCUUUUCCCAAUUCCAAGUAAGAAGACUGACGACGUUAAUUGGACUAAACCACUCAACAAUUAUCUAUUGUCGAUUUAUGGUAAUACAAGUGAAUAUCAAGAAGAUCUUAGCCAAUUCAACAAGUUGAGACAGGACAUAAGGGGUGUACAUGCGGAUCUUACUGGAAUAAGAUUAUAUUUCAAGUACUACAGUCAAUUAGAGUUACUAGAUUUGAGAAUAUCAUUUACUACGGUCAACAGGCACAAGAAAAUAACAUUCAAUUGGUACGAUGCUUUUGAUCAAUUAUCGGAGCAUAAACAGUAUGCAUUGCCAUUUGAAAAGGCAUGUAUUUUGUUUAAUUUAGGGUCAAUUUUAUCCAAAUAUGCCAUUCACCAGUAUGAAUUAUCGCAGUCAUCAAAUGAAAAUGCAGACUCUUUAUUCAAAGAAGCUGUUCAGUACUUUCAACAACUGGCUGGAAUCUAUCAAUUUUUGAAUGAGAAUUUUCUUCAUGCCCCAUCACCAGAUUUGAGUCUGUCAACUGUUAAUUUUCUCAAGAAUAUAAAUCUAGCUCAAAGUCAAGAAAUUUUCAAUUUGAAAGUUAUUAGUGGAGAUUUGGAUCAAAGUAAAAACUCAUUAAUUUCCAAGUUGUGUCGAAGCACAUCCAACUAUUAUGAUGAUUGUUUCAAUUGUGUUAGUCACUUAUUAAAUCAUCAUGAAAACUCAGUUGGCCCAUCAUCUACCUACGCAAUUGUAGAAGAUGGGCUUGAUGAUGAAGAUGAAGAAGACUCUGAUUCAAAGCCAACGGAUGAAUAUGAUCCAGAUUCUCAAGCAAAUUCAGUUCCGGACAAUAAGGUCACUGCACAAAUUGAUUCAUUAUGGAUUGCUAUAAUUCAAUUUAAAUGUUACUACUAUAAAUCCCUAGCUUUCUAUUUCCAUGGAUUGCAAUUGGAAACACUGAGAAAAUAUGGUGAAUCAAUUGCUUAUUUAAACAAAUCCCAAGAAAUAAUCAGUGAAAUACCAUCCGCCUUACUUCUGAAAAUUGGGAAAGCGGGUAUUAGUGGUACUUAUGAAUUAUUGGAUAAUUAUAAGUAUCACAAGGAUGCCGUUCUGAUUAAGCUUAAAGAUUUAAAUAAAGAUAAUGAUUUGAUUUAUCAUGAAAUUGUUCCAUCAACCGUGACAUUACCUGAUAUAAAACCAAUGGAUAGUGCCAAAAUCAUUCCAAUAAACAAAAUUCCUAUUUUCAAUGAAAUUAAUGAAUCAAAUUAUAGUAAUUUUUUGAACAAUGUCGUACCAAUAAAUAUCCAUGAAUUACUUAGUUAUUAUUCAGAAGAGAAACUGCAAUUAUUAAGAAAUGAAUUAGAUGAAGUAGAUGUAUCCAAUGAAGAAUUGUCACUGGUGUUAGAGUAUUUAAAAAUGCCAAAGGCUUUAAUAAACUUGAAAGAAAUCGUCAAUAAUAAAAAAAUCAAUGAAGAAGAAAAAAAAUUAGGAAUUGAUCCAAGUAUUGCUGAAAAAGUUGACAAGAUUCAUUUUGGGUUUAAUUUAGAUCAAUCCAACAAGAGUCAAAUUGAGCAAUUGCGUAAACAAGCCAUGGGGCUAAUUAGUGAAACUGAUUCAUUAAUUGGAGUUAAUGCCACCUUCCUCAAAUACAAAGAUGAUUUGAUUAAGGUGAAGAAAUGGUUAUACGAUGCUAGUAAUUCCGAUACCAAACUAUUCGGUCUUAUUAACAAUGAACACCAGUACUUGUAUGGAGUGCUAGGCCAAGGCUCUAAGUCUAGUGAGUUCAAACAAUUAUUCCAUCUUGAUAGUAAGGCUGAAACUAAAAAGCCCAGUCAGAACGAGGUUAGUUUAUUGGAUAUCGACGAUCGUGAAUUGAAUAGAGAAGAGGACGAACAAACACGUAUUGAACAAGAAAUCAAACUGAUUGAAGAUACUUUACAUGAUUUGAACGUUAUCAAGACCAACAAGCAAAAAUUGAUCGAAACAUUCAAGAAAGAAAUUCAUAACGAUGAUAUCUCUGAUAUUUUGAUAUUGAAUUGCAAGAUCAAGUCAACCAGUGAAAUCAAAUCAUUGAUAUUCCCCGAGGAAUUGAAAAAAUUUAGGCCAUAUAGUGAUGAAUUAGAUAAGUUAAUUGGUAAACAGAAUGAAUACGUUGAAAAUCUUAAAGUGAGAUGGAAUCAAUUGAAUAAAAACCCCAAGGUUCAAGAAGUGCAAUCGCUGAACCAAUUUCAAAAUGACUUGGUGAAGAGCCAAACAGAUAAAAUCAAUACAUUCUACAGUAAUAAUUGGCAGCCAUACCACGAAGGAUUGAAGAAAGGAGUUGAAAUAUAUAAGCAAUUGGUUCAAUACGUCGAAGGAAUCAAAAUUAAGCUCAUUAACGAUCAACAACAACAACAACAACAACAACAACUGAUGCGUGGUUCCUCAAUAACCGAGCAACUCGGAAAGAUGUCAUUGAACCAAAGUCAAAUACAAUCACCUAAUUUUACGGGACAAGAACAAUAUACGGGACAACAAUACCAACAAUAUCCACAACAAUAUUCCAAUCAACAAUACGCACAAACCCAAGCUCCCUACUAUUCGCAACCACCCAUGUUGCAGCCAACGUCGGCCACCGGCACCUUUGGCAACGACUACUCCCGUCCACCUGCCCUACCACCCAAGAGACCAUCCGAGCAGUCUGCGACUGCAAACGCAAACCUAACCGGAGGUUCCAUUGGGAACCAACCUGCCCACCCAAACACCAACAUCCCUUCCAGUAAUCUAAUUUACGACCAGCCGUCCACCUACCAACCCAAUAUGUAUAAUUUUUUCUCUAAUGGGUCAUAA